UUCAGUGUGUUCCCCCACACAUGCACCAUACCACGUCUGGUAUAGUAGCAGCCGUACACACCAAUAACAUAACACAACUAUCAUAUGAUAUAUAAUAUACGUAACGUAACUUGUAUUUUACUCUAGGCUCAUUAUAGUAAAUUAUUUUUUUUAGUUUUACAUAAAUAUAUAAUAAUUUGUUUUGACAACUCCAAAACUGGAUUUGGUCGAUUCGACAACGUAGUUGGUCUUCUUGAAAUUUACUGUUGCGUUUGUUGUUAUUAUUGUUUUGUUGCGAAAAAUUAAAAUGAUAAACGACGGUAAUCAUACACACGGAACCCGUUGAUAGUAACAGCAGCCGGAACAGCGAUCAAUCGUCCGACGUCCGGAUACCUAUUCCGACGAUGAGUGGCCGACGACGGUAUUUGCAGUGAUAACAUAUUAUUUUCCAGUCGUCGAAUCUUCAAAAUUGGGCUUGGAUCGUCGUCAUCGCUGAUUCCGUUUAUUCGUCGCCCGCGUACAUGGCCCCCUCGUUUCGUGAGUCAUUUUUCUGACAUUGACUAGGGCCUACAUUGUGUAUUGUGACACACUACAAACACUCUUGUCGUCGACGCCGCGCCCUCACUUGGCUGACGAUUUUCGCGGUAGAUGAACAACCACCAGUUUUCGUCAUCAUAACUACAAUCAUCCGAAUGUACAAUCAAACGUCUUGAGUAGCUAAUUGCUAUCAUGCCGUUCCCUCCGCCUCCACCACCGCCAGCUCCGUCUUCUGGUCCACCGCCACCACCGCCUCCAGGUCUUCCGAUAUUUGGUGGCGGAGGUAAGAAAGGCAGUAAUGGAAAUUCGGGUCAGGCUAGAGACCAGCUGUUGCAGUCCAUUAGGCAGGGAAAACCUUUGAAAAAGACUGUCACCAUCGACAAGAGUAAACCGCUUGUUAACAGUUCACCCAAAACACCUACAUCUUGUAAUGGUUCGGCAAAAUUGGGAGAAAUGACUUCUAUAGCUGCGCGGACACCCAAUGGAUUAGCUGAUUUGUUUGCAGGUGGCAUGCCAAAACUUAAACCAACUGGACUAACCGGAACAGGGCAAACCAAAAUACAGCCAUCUUCAUUGUCAAAUCAAACCUCUGUAAAUAAAUCACCUUCAAACACAAAUACACUCCCAUUACAAAAGAAACAUGAUGCUGGAAGAAAUAUACAAAACGAUAUUAAGACAAGAGGGCCACCUCCACAGCCGCCAUCUUUUAAUCAAAAACCUAAUAUCCCCUUUAGUACUUCUGAGCCUGUAUCCAUUAUUCCUCCUGGUGUAGGCCACAAUAGGACGGGUAGUGUUCCAAGUCUUGUAUCAGAAAACGGUUCUGGAAGAGGUCCUCCACCAGGUGGUUAUGGAAAACCAAACUUGGCGCCAAAACCACCACCAGUCAAACCAACUGUGCCUGUUAAGAAAUCUACGCUAACAGUCAGUUCAAAUAAUUUGGCAAACGCCGAUAGUCGGAAUUUAGUUUCACGAGCACAAAGUAUGAGGAUCCCGCGAACUCCGCCAGUAGCUCCAAACAAUCAACCGCCCCAAUUUAACAAUUUGGCUAAUAGUAAUAAAAACCAAUUGCCUUCAUUCCAUCAGUCACAAGACAGUAUUCUGAGGACAACAACCUCACCAGCAAAUAAUCAAUGGGGAUCACGAACAUUAAGACCAAUCAAACAUCCAAACACGAGGCCUCCUCCUCCUCCCAUUAAAGCGCCAUUAAAUCCUCCUCCAUGUGCUCCACCACCACCUCCACAUCGAAGUGUACCUCCUCCUCCAAAUGUGCCUCCCCAUAAAAGUAUUCAAAAUAAUGUAACUAACGGAACACCACCAACCCCUCCAACACGUCAUUCUUCCAUGCGAAAUGGACCAACAUCUGUUUUGAGCAUGACACUUUUAGAAGAAAUGGAGGCAAGGUUUUCCACUUUGUUUAAGCCAAUUAACAGAAUACCUCCUCCUCCCAUUUUUCGGAGAGUCGAUAAAAUCUAUAACAGUAGACUAGUCGUUGCAAAGCACCAAGCUCCUAAGCCACCAGGCUAUUGAAAAGUGUGAUUUUGAUUUGCUCAAAUAUGAAGAGAAGGAUUUGAUUGUUUUUUUUAUUGUUAAAGAACAAUACAAAGCAGUCAACAUCGGUUUGUGUGUUCUAAUUUAUUAUUUUUUUGUUUUUGGAAGAAAUUUUAUUUUUUCAUACAUAUAUAUUUAUAAAUAGAAGUACAAUAUUAUUUCAUUUAAACCAAAGGAAUUGUGAUAAUUUGGAGUAUCAUUGAUUGAGUCAAUGACAAAUAAAAUUGAAAGAAAAAAAUAUAUUUUUGUCCCGAAAAUAAUUAAACAUAAUUAUUCUUACAAUAACUAUAAUACAGUUAUGUAUGUUACUUUGUAUAAUUAUUAUAAUAUUAUAUAGAAAUUUAAAUUAUUAAUUUCGGAAAAGAUAUUUUUAUCCAGUAAAUGUUGUGAUAAUAUUUUUGCACCUGUUAUUAUUCUAUCGUGAUUUGUGUUAUAAGAACAUGAUUUUUUUUUUCUAUUUUAAAUGUAAUUUUUUUUUGUCCUAUUUGGUUGGUUGAUAACAUUUUUAAUUAAUUGAUACCCAAUUUCAAGUAUAUUUGAACAUGUGCAUGGGUACGAAUUUUUCUUUAUGAGAAAAUGAGUAAAUGGACUCAAGUUGUGAAAGUAGUAUGUAAUUUAUAUUAUUCCGUUUUGGAUAAUAUGUUGCAAAAUGUCUCGUCAAUUAUGAUAUUUAGGGUCUUGAGCCUACCAAGGUUACACCAAUAGCUGGGUGAGUGAUUAAUCCUAGAUUAGGUCUAAUGACUAAUUCUGUUUGAUUACUUGCGUUUGUUUUAAAAAUGUAAAAGCUGUCUGAUUUACAACAAAAAUCCUCAACAUUUUGUAGGGUUCAAAGAUAUUUACAAUCCAAUGCUACAAAUGUAUGUAAUUUUGCUUGACGCUUACAUGAAUCAGUGUAAGAGGGGGGUGGGGUUAAUUAUUUAAUUAUUAUUGUUUCAAUAAAAUAGAUUGUUAACAUUUUUAUUUUACUUAAUCUCGCCUAGUCAUUAAUUAGAUAGUGAAUUGUACAUUUGUUUAAAGAUGAGGGAAAGGGUUAAUGGAAAGUUAUGUUAUUUCAAUGAAAUUGAAAAAGCUAAUAUUAUAAUCAAAAAGGAAUAUAAUCUCUAACAAAUUUUGUACGGCAUUAGAAAUUUCAUAUUCAAUUUUCUUUCUUCUCUUUCUAUUUAUUUAUCAUUUUGACGUGUAGUUAUUAUUUCAUCAACGAAUCAUAACAACUUGUAAUUUUGUGUUUAUAUUUAAAUAUAAUAUCUAUUUUUUUAAUGAAAAUUUGUAAUUAUUAUGUUUUUUAAUUUUGAUGUUAUUAUUAUUAUAUAUAUUUUUUAACUUGA